CUUAAAAGUAAACAUGAACAUUUAGCUGCACUUAUAAACCUACACACUCGGUUCAGUUUUUUGUAGUAUUUACGUUCAGAAAAAAUUUAAAUCUACGAAAGUUAUAGAAUUUUUUAUCUCAUUUGUAGGAUAUAAUCUGUAAUAUAAAUGAAAGUCUGUUAGUUAUUGUCAUGAUUAUAAAUAUUCAAAUAAACGAUACUGCAGAACAGUUUUACCAUGACACGUAAAUGUGUGCUGUGUAAAGAGACCAAUUACAAGAACAAUUAUAGCUUUUUCUCAGCACCUAAGGAUCCAGAAAUACGUAAAAAAUGGCAAAUAGCUCUUGGCAUCGAAAACUAUACUAUUACAGAUGACAUAUAUGUAUGUAGCAGGCACUUUAAUAAGAAUGACAUUAUUACACACUGGGUUAGUGGAGUACCACCACAAGUAAUAAAGAUAAAAUAUAAAAAAUGCCGAUUGCGUCCUGGAGCUGUACCAGGUAAAUAUUACUCAGGUAACAGUUCACAAUCAAUAGACAAAGAUGCUUUAAAUAAAAGCGAAAUGGAUAUGAAUGAUUUCUUGAUAUUCAGAAGAAAGGAAGAUGUAGAUUCAUUAAAGGAUGAAAAAACUUUCCUAAUAUCCAAAAGGAAAAAGAAUCUGAAUGAAUACAUUAAUAGAAAUACUAAUGUAUGUUAUCGAAUAUACCCCAAGCUGCAAGAUUGUACACAUAAUGUCAAUGAAAAUUUUGAAUGCAAUAAUAUUCAAUUAUCAGAAGACAUGGACAAGGUAGACAUAAAUAUCUCCAUACAAACCUUGGAACCAAUGGAAUCAAAAUCUAAAAGAAGAAGAAGUGAAUCCAAUAAAAUGCUUGAAUAUGGUGAUAACUAUAGUUUAAACGUUUUUGUAGAACCAAACACUGAACCUAUGGACACAAAUAGAGAGGAAAGUCAACUAUUGAAUAAACAGUCUCAUGCAGAUAUAUUUAGUGAAACAGCAGAAAGUAUUAAAAAAUAUGAUUUCCUUAAGGAAGAUAGAAUGCCAUUAGAGAUCUGGAAACGCAAUGUUACUUCCGCAGACUCUGAGAAAUCUGUUAAUAGUAAUUUAAAAAUAACAGAUGAUUCGUACAUGAACAAUCAAGUAUUAGCGGCUUUAAAUUAUGAUAAUCUAAGUACACAGAGUAAAAUAGUAUAUGACAUCAGCAAAAAUGAGAUAUUAUUUGAAGACUUUCUUGAAGUAUGUACAGAAGUAUCUAUACCACGUGGUUGGUCGUGUCUAGUGACAUCAAAAGGUCACAACACCACAGUGGUAUAUCUUUGUAUGGGAAUUACAAAAAAUGGGCUUCCUUUCAUGGAAAAACAGGUGUUUAUCAGGAGUGAUAUGUUAUUACACUGUGCUGUAGCUAACAGAGAAAUCGAUCCAUUUGUGCAUAAUCUCGUAAAGGACAAGCAUAUCAAAAUUAAAAGUCUAUUAGAUAUAGAAGAACUCGUUGAUGAAUUUGAUCAACGUGUCGUAUGUCAAGGUAUACACGACGAAAAAAUUUAUGAAGAUAUAAAUAUAACGAAAGUCGCGUAUAAGGAUGGAACUAAGUGGCGUCAUACAUUAUGUUCCUUAAUCGUGAACAAUAACUUAUCCAGAUGUAUAAAAUGCGCUCUAUUAUUACGCACAUUAGUACGUAAGUCCAGUCAAAUUUAUGAAACAAAAGCAAAUAAGUACAUAACAAAUACAAAAACCUAUAGGAGAGUGAAACCUUCUAUAUAAAUAUAUAAAGAUAUAUGUAUAUACAAGGUUGGCAAAAAGUCCGGAAACGGUCAAAUAUCUCAAAAAGGAUCAACUGUAGCGAAAAAUAUAUAAGUAGCAAAGUUGUAGGGCUUAAUAAA